AACUACUUGAGUGUUGGACAAUCCAUCUAUUACUGGGUCGGGUCAUUGCCAUAACAAACCCUGCAAGUUUAGAAAAGGCAGAUCCUAUUUAAAGGCACAUAUUUCGCUUCAUGUUGCCGUAACCAAGAUUCAUACAACCCUGUUCGUUUUCGAUAUCUUUGGGCGCGGCCUUUCAAAUUUCAAGCCCAACUCACAUAAAUACCUAACUUAGCCCCCAUUUGGUCCAAGUAUCACCGGGAUAAUGGCUAGUGAUAAUUCCACUCUCGCGGCAAGCGAGAUCUCAGCCGCCAACGUGACAGAGUCAUUAGUAGCCAAUCAGGCUUUCACCGAGAAACUCGCCAACCUACCAGCAAUCCUUUGGGAUAAUGGGAACUUCUUCUUUUUUGAGGGCCGUAUAAUCUUUACGGCAAUGGCUUGCAUUUAUCUAGGAUCUCAAGCCGCCCUUCGUCGCCCUCCGUCUGCAAAUCCAGCCAAGAAGGGUAAAAAGGGAGGUCGGAAAGACCAAGAUAAGGAAGACGAACUUGUCCAAGGUCUUGUGCCUUCUGAUGCUAUCUUGCUUCCUAUAAUGGCGGGGGCGGUACUCACUAGUCUCUACUACUUGAUUAAGUGGCUUGACGACCCGGAGAUCCUUAAUAAGAUACUGAGAGCUUACUUCUCGAUUAUGUCCCUAGUGGCUAUGGGGAAGCUUCUUGCCGAUUUACUGCAUUACGUCACUGGAUUUGUCUUUCCUACCGUAUGGCUUGCGAAGAAUGGCAGGCUAUACCACAUUGACUCUUCGAAAAAGGGUCAGUGGUCUGUCAACGACAACUCCACCGAACAAGUAUGGGACAAAAAGAAGAAAAGCCCCUUCCCAUAUUGGUGGUCUGAGUUGAAUGCUUCCGACGCUACGAACAAUCUACUUUGGGAGAUCCGCCAUCUACUUACGGAGGAAUGGACUAUUCGCUUUUCCGUCCACGGCAUUACGAACCAGAAGUUCAAAGUCAAGUUCAACGAUAUCCUUGGCAUUGUCCUUGCCAUCCAUGUGAACAUAGCAUACUUCAUGACGCAGUCAACCUUUCUAUCCAACCUAAUGGGUUAUUCGUUCUGUUACACCGGUAUCAUGUUGUUGUCUCCUACCACAUUCGCCACCGGAACUGCUGUCCUCUUCGGGCUCUUCUUUUACGAUAUUUACAUGGUUUUCUAUACCCCUUACAUGGUGACCGUCGCUACCAAGCUUGACGUUCCGAUUAAGCUCAUUUUUGAUGGGCCUGCCAGAGCUAGCAUGCUCGGCCUCGGCGACAUUGUGCUUCCUGGCAUCUUCGUCGGGCUUUGCCUGCGCUUUGAUCUCUAUAUGUACUACUACCGGCAACGAAAGUUCGUGCCGGUGGAGUUAAAAAGCAAGGAUGAAACAUCAGGCCAAGUUGUCACUAAUACAGAGACGCAACGUAUGGUGGUCAAGCCCGACUACAUAAACCCCCAGGGACAGUGGGGAGAUUGGUUCUGGAGCACAAGGUUUGGCAAAUUAUCGGCUAAUGCUACACCGGCAUUGAAAGCUACGACAUUCCCUAAACCAUAUUUCUACGCUGCUCUCGUCGGGUACCUGCUCGCUAUGAUAGUCACUUUGGUUAUACUCAUAGUCUACCACCACGCGCAACCAGCAUUGCUGUACCUUGUUCCUGGUGUCGUUUCCGCUACUUGGACCACGGGCCUAUUCAGGGGGGAACUUCGAGAAAUGUGGGGCUACACAGAAGAUGGUAGCCUGGAUACCGCAGAUACAAUAGUGGAAGUUGAUGGCGAUGGAAAUGUCGUCAGCGUAGUUAAGAACAAGGUUGACGCUAAGGAUAAGAAGGGUGAUGAUAGCAAGAAUGAAGAUGAGGCGAAAGAUAAGAAGGAUGACGGGAAGGAAGACACGCAAGCUGGAGAUAACGUUUUCCCUGAUACCCAAUCGAUCACGAAGGACGUCCCCUCGAAUGGUGAGGCUGACGAUAACAACGAGACUAGUCCUGAUAAGAACGAGAGUUCGAUAGUCGAGAAGAAGGUUAAAGGUUAUUCUGUUUUCCUUUUCUCGAUCGAGGUCCCAGCACCUAGCGAGGCUAGCGAUUCAUAGAAAGGCAGAGAUCCCAUGUAAUAUAGAGGUAUCUAGGUACUUGCAGCUACAAAUGCUAAAUAAGUACAUGUGUAAUACAAUGUAGAUACCUAGUAAGUGCCAAUGGCAACAAUUCAUCGCAUCAUUCGGUG